AAGCUAAGCGGGACUGCCGCCAUUUGUUGGAAUAGUACGGUGUGUGAGAAUAUAGAGGAGGUUUGGUACGGUCAUAUGUUUUGAACAUUAUUUGGUUCUGUACUAGUUGUUAUUUGUGUUGGUACAUUAUCUUACAAUGGUUGACAAAAUUGAAAUGAGUCUUGAUGAUAUAAUAAAGUCAUCAAAACAGACUCGAGGGCCGGCCGGUCGUAGAGGAAGAGGUGGACAAAGGGGCUCUGGUUUAUCACGCAGAGGCAGUCGGGGCAGUCUUCGAGGAAAUUUGGGUGUUUUACGGAGUCCUCGCAGGGGCAGUAUUUCACGGUCUACCCCUUACUCAAGGGGUGACAUAAAUAGCAAAUGGCAGCAUGAUAUGUUUGAUGGCUCAGGAACAAAGAAAAUUGGCCGGAUUGGUGGAUUUGGAAUUGGAGGUUCCCUCGGUGGACCUGCCAAACUUCUUGUGUCCAACCUGGAUUUUGGAGUUUCCGACUCUGACAUUCAGGAGUUAUUUGCAGAAUUUGGACCACUGAAGUCUGCUGCUGUUCAUUAUGACAGAUCAGGUCGGUCAUUGGGAUCAGCAGAUGUUAUAUUUGAGAGGAAAUCUGAUGCCAUUAAGGCAAUGAAACAGUAUAAUGGAGUGCCUCUGGAUGGACGAGCUAUGAACAUUCAAAUGGCUACAUCAGAAAUACCUUCAGUUCUGCGAGGAGGUCGAGUUGGAUCUAGUGGUUAUUCACAAGGUCGGACACAAUCAAGAGUAGGGGGUGGUAGAGGAAGAGGUAUGCGCCGAGGGGGGAGAGGAAGUUCUAGAGGCCAACCAAGAACUGUUCCAACUGCAGAAGAACUGGAUGCAGAACUUGAUGCAUAUGUUAACAAAGUAAAGUAAAAGAAAUCAUUAAUGUGACUGAGAGAACUAAUCCUCAAGAGUUUGGAUUUUGUGAGAAUUAAAUUCUUUUAAGGUCGUGUGUUGUGUGACUGUAAGGAUGGAAGAGUGAAGUUCAUAUGUCUUUAAGAAACUGCCUUAGUUCAGAAUUGUCAAAUUUAUUGUUCAGUCUUACAUCAGAAUUUGUCACAGAAUAUGUAAUUUGCCCCAAGUCAUUCAAUUUCAAAUAGUUAAGAUCAAAUAAUCCUGUAGUCACUAAUAAACACUUGUAUUUUAAGCAGUACAAUCAA